CUUUUGGCAACCGCGCGGUCAUCGAUGCAAAAUGGCCGACAGCUGAAAGGCUAUCAUUUCAAAUAUUUUUAUUCGCCGUUUGUUUACCUUCGCGUUUUAUGCCAUGUGUCCUAAUUUUAAGUGUGAAAUACGUAUUUAAAGUAUUUAUCAAUUGUGAAAUUAACUACGAAUGACUCCGUGUUGCCGUUCGUUCGUGAAACUUUGAAUUUUGUUUGUGAAUCCAACCAGACGAAUGCUCCAUUGCCUGAGCUAUUGGACUGUCUCAGUUUGCAUUCGAUGUUUCGUAGUUUCUGUAGUUUUAACCGCGAAUAAAAGUGCGCUAACCUCCGUAAUUUAAGGAAUAACCAGACAACAAGUUUAUUUUAAAUCAAAGUGGAAACUUCAGUCCCAGUGCAAGAUACGAAGUCAGAGUGGAGGAUCUAGAUAGCUUACCUUUUUAGGACUGAAAAUUUUGGAUACAUACCUCAUCCAUCUGGAUUGUGUAUUUCAUCUUGGAAAACAGCUUUUUUUAUCAUCCAGGAUUCCCAACAAUGAGGUUUGCAAUUGAGGAGAGACAGAGAGAAAAUGUCCUCUUUCCCUGAAUUUGGAUCGGACAAGAAACCUUCGUAUUGUGCAUCAGAUACGGAGCCAUGUUAAGGAUAAGCUGCCGCUAAAGAGAUCCUCUACCAUAUCCAGGAUAUGAUAAUUCGAUAAUUAUUCUGAAGUUUUCUCUGCUGCCACUCUUGUGGGAAGCAUUGAACCAAGGCCAACACCGUGGACUCGCUACCGCAGGGCUUGUUGGAGGGGCGCCCCGGCGGCUCGAUUCUGCUCACAUCGCAUCAGUUGCAGCAGCUACAGCAGCUCCAAGCACAGCAGGAGCAAGCCAGUUCCGGUGGAGCCCUCACUCUCACCCUCACGAACCACACUUCUGCGGGCGGUACCAGUUGCCUUGGUCCACAGUUAGUUCUUACCCCAGCAGGACAAAGUUUUGCCUAUGGACCUGUAUCCGCGCAGUCGGCUGCCACCUCGGCUGAUCAGGGCUCAAUGCCCAUCAUCCAGCACAUCACUGGUCACACAACCAGUAUACAGCAGGUUCUGCAAUCAUCCAUACAGCAUGUUCGACAGUCCAGCAUACAGCAAGUUAUACAGCAGGUUGGACAGGCUAGUAUUCAACAAGUCAACCAGCCAGGUUUACAGCAGAUGGGCAGUCGAACAUCGCAGAGCGUCAACGUCAAUGGCGUUGAGGUCAGCGUCAACAGCGGUAAGUCUGCUCCCGGUUCUUCACUCUCCUCGCGUUCCUCUUCGCUCACCCCCUCUUCCUUACCUCAUGGCCCCGGACCAGGCUCCGGCACCUCUCUACCCCCAGGCCCGCCAGCCACCGUCAUCCACCAGGUGAUGGGGGCUCCUACUCAUCAAGUAGUCCAGAUCAUCCAUCAGCAAGCCACUCGAAACUCCGGUACAAUGAUGAGCACGAUGCCGGUUCCGCUGAAAGCAAAGCAACCACCCCAGAUCCUGCCAAAGCCUCCCGGAAACGGAUCCCAACCAAAGCAACCCAUACCCGCCACUAGUCAUGUUCAUAGUGCCGUCAGUCAACAAGCCCAGGCCCAAGCUGUUCAACAGCAGGGGACGCUCGUUUUCAAUCAAGCCCUUGGCGGAGGACAGCCAGUCGUUGUUCAGCAACAGACGAGUAGUGGAGUGCAGCUCAUCCUACGAUCACCCCCGCCACAACAGCCAACGAAAACGCAGACGGGCGGACUGGUUUUGUCGCAAAUGGGAGGCAUCGCCACUCCUCAAGGCACCGUCCUUCUCCAAGGAAAGCAACAGGGCCAGCAGGUUGUAAGACUGAUAGCAGGGUCGGGAUUACAAAUCCAACAGAUCCAAACCUCUACUGGCCCGGCCCUGAUUGCUGUUCCUUCGAGUAUGCAGACAUCGCAGCAGGUCACUGCAUCGACGCCAACCUUCACGACAACGCAAGGUCAACCAAUCACCAAUAUGAUUAGGAAACCAUUACCAAAGAAAAUAGUAAAAAAGAAGAAGGAAGAUGAACCAACGAGAGUUGAUCUAGCCAACUUGAUGAAAAUUUCAGGUAUUGAUGAUGAAGAUGUUGCUCCAACAUCAUCGGCCGCACCAUCUGCCUCUUCAGCAUCAAAUGCAACAUCAACAUCUAUCAACAAUUCGGUGAGCGGAUCGCAGUCGCAAACCAUCUCCCACAGCAGUGUCAUCACCGGGCCUUCGACAAUCAAGCAUCUCAUUCAGCCGCAGCAAAAUCCUCCUCAGCUUAUCACAACGCAACUUCAAGCCCCUUCUUCGGUCACCAAUCCUCCAUUGCGACUAUCGCUUGGUGAAGAUGGCCGAAUGAUCGUUCAUCAAAACACUCCGCAGAGUGUUACACCUAGUGUUGCGGCAGCAGCACAAAAUCAACUAGCACAAUUAAUAGCAGACCAUGGUAGUUUAUUGCAAAAUAAUACUAAUAUCACCUCUACAGGAAACAAAGAAGCUCUGUUGCAAUCUUUACAGACGGCUGUGUUGAGCUGGGCAGGCUCUGAUUCUCUUGUGAUGAAAACUCCUAUUGGGCUUUUGAGUACUCCAUCCGUGAUGUUGAACACAGCUGCGGCGGGAGUUCGAACGUCCAAUACAGCGAGAAGCACACCGAACGUUGUCCCAAUUCUGGCAACCGAUCAGCAAAACGGAGUGCGCAUUGUUGCGGCAGACAUGAAUGGCCUUAUUGGAUUUCAAAAUACAGCCCUCUCAGAGCAACAACGGGUUCAGAUUAUCAACGCAAUGUCAUUAACGACAGAGCAGCAUCAAAACCGUGUCCAGAUAGUACAAACAUCCAAUGUUCCGGAGCAAUUGACAGUUGAUCAGCUCAACCAACGAGUACCUCUCCUGUCAGGCGUUCCAGCUUCAGAGCAGCAGCGGGUAAUUGUGUCAGCACCAUCUAAUGGGAGCAUACAUGAACAAAACAGGGUACAGAUUGUCACAAGUUCGCCGAGCAACAUGUCUGUGACCGAUCAGCAUAACAGGAUCGUUGUGUCAAACAGCAUGCCGAUGUCAGAUCAACGGCUGCUGAUGUCUACUGGUUCAGCAAAUACCAGCUCUGUACUUACAGAACAUAACAGAGUGCAAAUAGUUUCGAACACAAGCUCGGUCUCAUUGAAUGAACACCAUCAACAGAACCAAGUACAAAUUUUGUCUAAUAUUCCAAGCAGCAAUGCUUCAUCCAUGGACACCAGUAGGAUCCUAGUUUCUUCAGGCUUGCAAAACAACGUAAGCAACUUGAGCAAUAUCAACAAUCUUAGUUUGAAUAGUCUGAAUAGUAUAAACAGUAUCAACUCCUUGAAUAGCGUAAGCAGUUUAGAUCCACAAAGUAGGCUGCUAUUUUCUCAAUCCGGGCAAAAUAUGCAGCUGAAUGAACAUCAGAAAGUUCAGGUUGUAACCAGUAUGCCAAGUCAACAUCAUGAGCAUGUUCAAAUUGUUUCGAAUACCAGCACAAUGUCAUUGAAUGAACAGCAACGAGUGCAGCUUAUACCAACAUCCAAUUCAGCCAAUGUACUCAUGGAUGAGGACAAAAAAGAAACAUCUCACUUUAUCUCCAAUGCCCCAACAUCAGCGGCUAUUUCACUGAAUGACCAACAAAUGCAGAUAAUCAUGAACCAACAGCUUCAGAAUCAGCAGCAUAAAGUGAUAAAUAAUCUCUCAAGCCCAUUGAUAAAUGAGCAGUCAAAGAAUUUUAGUGCCAACACGGUCUCAUUGACAGAUCAGCAAAUUCAGUUAUUGAAUAGUGUUCCAAAUUCUUUGCUUUCUGAACAGCAGAAACAAAUGUUGAACCUGAACUCAGUACAUAACUCUGUGAUGUCAGAACAGCAGAAGGUUCAGGUAUUUAAUUCAGUCCAGAACUUUUUAUCAGGAAGCAUUAAUAGCACAACAGCGGAACAACAGAAGGUUCAAUUGCUGAACUCUCAGAAUUCUCUCUCUGAUCAGCAAAAGGUCCAGGUGAUUCAAAGUUCGAUAGCAGAGCAACAGCAACAGCAGCAGCAGCAGGUUAUUUUGAACGGCAACGUGCCGAGUUCUGUUGUCUUACAACAUCAAGAUAAGAAGGUCCUGUCUUCAUUGACAGAGCAACAAAAGUUGCAAAUACUAAACAGCGUUCCGAACUCUAUGUCACUUACAGAAGCACAGAAAGUUCAGAUCCUGAACAGCAUGUCAAGCACAGUGACCUUAACUGACUUCCAGAACUUGAUGUCUUCAAUAGAACAGCAGAAACUGGUGUGCUCCCUAUCAGCACUGACAGAAGCACCGGAGCAACAGCAGAAAGGGCAGAUAAACGGAUUGCAGGGUAGUUCAGUUUUACACAUAUCCGAGCAGCAACAUGCACAGUUACAACAACAACAGCAACAACAACAACAACAGCAACAACAACAACAACAACAGCAGCAGCAACAACAACAACAACAGCAACAACAACAGCAGCAACAACAACAGCAGCAACAGCAAGCCCUCCAGCAGCAACAAGUGUUGCAACAAGCAUUGCAGCAACAGCAGCAAGCUAUUCAGCAGCAGCAACAACAAGCAUUACAACAGCAACAGCAAGCAUUACAACAACAGGCAUUGCAACAGCAACAGCAGAAUCAACUGCUGCAGCUGCAGCAGCAACAAGCACUACAACAAGCCCAAUUACAGCAACAAAGCCAGCAGCAUCCAGUACAGCAACAACAUCAACUCAGACAUCAGCAUCAACUCCAACAGCAUCAGGUAGAACAUCAGCAGCAACAGAAUCAGCAUCAAGUUCCACAACAGCAAUUGAAUCAGCAUCCACCCCAACAGCAUGUGCAGCAACAAGCCCAACAGCCAUUACAACAAGCCCAACAGUCAUUACCACAAGCCCAACAGUCAUUACCACAAGCCCAACAGUCAAUACAACAAGUACAACAGCCAAUACAACAAGUGCAACAGCCAAUACAAGUACAACAGCCAGCACAGCAAGUCCAACAGCAGGUCCUACACCAAGUACAACAUCAACAAAGUCAGAUUCAAACCCAACAGCAGCAAAGUCAACAGCAAGUUCAGCAUUCGCACCCAAAAAUUCAAGUCGUCAAUAGCUUGCCCCAAAAUUUGCCUCCUUUAAUUCUUAGUGAGACCAAGAACUCGACUGUAUCUGUGAUUCCUAAUUCUACCAGCACAGCAACUCUGGCAGACAGUAAGCAUUCUCAGUGUGUAAGCUCUGGUAUUCAAGCAAAGGGUCUUAAUUUGGAUAACCGUAACAUUCAAAUCAUUCCCACUUCUGUUUCCCCGAGGCUACCAGAUCUAAACUCGCCGGUAAUCGCUCCAAACAAAGCUCCAAAUCAGCGGAUGCAACUUAGUCCUAAAUGUGCACAGUCACCUCAGUCCCCGCGGGCAGUGAACAAGUCGCCGAUCUCCCCGUAUCAGUGUUCAUCAAUUCAAAACCUCCCCUCGCCAGCCAACAUUUCGUCGCAAGGUCACUCACAACAAACAUUUGCGCAAACAUUGCCCAACAGGCCAAACUUGACUGUGGUCGCUCAAACGCUGCCUCCUCAAAUAGUUCCCACAUCACAAGUAUUAACCCAACAAAAUCAUGAUUCUAGCAUGAGUAGACUGUCUCCCAUCAUGAAUAAUAAUCCUAGUAGUAGUAGUAACAAUAAUUGUAGUAGUUGUACGAACUAUAGUAAUAAUAUUAGCACUAGUAAUAAUGUAAGUACGUCUCAAGACUUAUUAAGCCCCCCGGCCGUGGAUCAUCAGUCUGUGAUAACCAAUCAAAAAGUCCCGGUGACAAGCACAUCACAAGUGCGAAGGGUGGGGCCAGUCCCUCCCGUAACGUCGGUGCCGACGCAAAACAGCCAAAUUUUCCAGAAUCAUGCUUCCUCAGUGAGCAAGCCGUUGCAGAAAGUAACCCGGCAGCCCGUUUCUCAACAAAACGACAGAAACAGUUCUAAUUCAAUUUCAAAUCCUAAUGACUUUUUAAACAAGAUCGCUCAGUCACAUCCUAACUUGCUGAUCAACAAGUCGCCGGUACUGCCUCCUGCAAAUAAAACGCAGCCAAUCAUCAAGUGUAGGAAACCAAAGAAAUCAGCUGUCGUCAAGCCAAUGGUCAAUUCAAACUUGGUGCAGGUCUCAGAACAGCACAAGGAAGUGAAUUCGGAAGCUAACUCAAACGAUCACACGAACACCAUGGUGCAACGGGUGCAAACGAUUCAGCUAACCUCUCAAAAGCAACAGCAUUUGAAAGCAGUUCAAAACCAGAUCUCAAUCCUGAGCAGUAAGAAAACUAGAACAGCUGCUGAAAACAAUGCUCUGCAGAGGCUUUUCAUGGAACAGCAGAAGAUUCUCCUCUCUGGCAAAAUCAUUCCUACGAUCCCUGGUCAACACGCGCAAGGGGUCACUUUUCAAGUUUCAACGCCGGUGAAGAUAGUAUCAUCGCCAGCUCCAUCAAGUCCUUUGCACCCUCCCCCUCCAUCAUCACCCACAGUUAACAAAGCCACCUCCCCUAUACAUGUGCAGGUUGGCACUCAGACAACUUCUGAGCCAUCGCCCAGUCCACCAUCCUUCAACCCUUCCAAACGCACAUUUUUAAUCGAGCAAGAAAUAUUUAAGGAUCAGCAAGGUGCGACUCAGCCGGACACCUCUACUCCGUUCCUAUCAAAAAGUGAUGCUGUGAAAAGACUCCUGAGGUAUCAUACGCUCAAUGAACCCGUACUUAGCGAAAAAGAUUUGGAAAAAGCCGAUGAAAUUUUCGAAGCCACUUCGCAGCAUCUACUGGAUAAGAAAUCGCAAAUGCUCAACAAGUAUAGGUACCUGCUGUGGAUGGAUAGUAUGCGUGAGGUGCAAACGUCGGAGCUGAUUUUACUGAGCAGGAUGUUUAUUGCAGAUGAGUCAGGCUAUCUGGAAGCAAUGAAGCAAGAGGCCAAAAAUCUUGCUAACCCAAAUUUUGAGGACACUGGAAAUCCUCAAAACCCUCCAAGCGGUUCCGAGACAGUCACGACCGGGGUGAAGCGAGAUCGUGAAGAUGGUGAGCCUGGCAGUGAAGUCGUGUCCAAGAAACACUGUCCGGAUGACGACGAGAUCAACGCGCAAGUACAAAGUGCCAUCGACAGCAUACUCAACCUGCAGAAGGACAGCUCGGAUCCUGCCACCGACGAGGCUGUCCGUUCCAUCCUCCCGUCCUGACUCGUAUGUGAUCGUAUUCGGCAUUUUAUCUGUUUUUUUUCUUUCUCGUUCAUGUUGUUUCGCAUCAUGUUCAGAUUUGCGGCCGCUGAGGGAAAUUGUUCAAGUUAUCUCAAAUUGACCUUAAGAGGCUUCAGUGCCCUCUCUCAGUCUAAAAUUAUACUCGUGAAGAUGUCAAAUUAACUUUUGAUGCGUUCAGGUCCUAAAAGAAGGUCUUUCCUCUAACAUGGCUUUCUUGACGAAUCUUGAGUGAUUUUAGAAAUCAAUAGGCAAAUUCCUCCCCCCCCCCCCUUUCUUUCAUAUUUCUGUAAAACCUGACUCUGAAUCAUAGUAAAUGGAAAUCUCUAAUUAUUGCUUGAAUUUUUCUAAAGGAUUGUGAAAUUUUCUAUUUAAUGCAUGCAGCAUUCAUUUCAUUUUAUAAGUAUAUUUUGAAGUAGAGCCCUCAAUCUUUGAAACCAACAAAAAAUAAGUACAAUUUCAGUCAGACUUCUGACUGUUCUCUUUAUAACGUUAUUCUUGUACUUAAAGGAAUUGGCGCUGAUCAGCGAUAUUUAUAAUAAUGAAAUAGCUUGGAUUUUUAUCUAUAAGGCUGUAGGGAAGAUGUUACUUUAAUAACAUCUUCAUUACUGCGGUUAUGGCGUUAAUUGUAUUUUUUAGUAUACUUUCUUUCCAUCACUAAAAAGAAAAGGAAUGAAAAUUAAGUAUGUAAAUCAAUUUUAAUUUCAUCUUUAUCAUAACAGCAUUAAUGCCUAAAAAUCCAACAUAUUUUAUUAUUAUUAUAAUCUUGUAAUUGACUGGUAUCAUGCAAGCAGAUUAUGUGGUGUGCCCUGAUCAUUGAAAUUUAUUCUGCCGUUUCUCUUAAUAUCAUUGAAUCAAGGGAACAGCCUUGAUUACGUGAAAACCUCAAGCAAAGCAAGUCGAUGCUUUCAAAGAUUCAAAACGACAUUAGAAAAUAUCAAGAGAACAUUUCAUGAAAUUUAUUUAAGUUUCAAAUCAGUUUGACUUGAAUUGCGCAAUGUCUCUACGCGGUCUAAGCUAAUGGGUUUUAGCUUUUCUCUGUUUGUUUUUCUCUCCCCUUCUCUCGUGCUAGUCAUAAUUAUGUAUUCUUUCGCAUUGACAGACUUCAAGUUUCUUAUUCGAAUAUUUGUAGAGUGAAGAAGUAACUGACGAAGACAUUAUGUGUAGAAAUUUUGUUACGAGCGUUUUUGUAUAAAGUUUUACGAUCUUUUGGUUAUUUUUUAAUUGUUCCUUUGUACAGAUCUUGUUCGGUAGUGAUAUAGGAAUUUUUUCUAAUUUUUCUUCAUGCUAGUUAACAAAUGUUGUUAAGGCAAAUUCCUUUGUAAUAGUUAAACGGACCUAAAUUCUGAUCAAGAAAGAGUAGGUCUUCCCUUGAUAGCGCCGAUUUGUGUAUUUUUCAGCAUAUAAGAUGUUUACUUUUAUUACGAAAUACCGUAAAUUGACCAUCUGAUGAAUUGUGGCAGAUAUCCUCACAGAAUAACUAAAAUGGUGGUUAAUCGAUAAUGCAACACAUCAAGCUGCAUAAAAUAUGUACGGAAAAAACGAAGAAAAUUGAACACAAUGAAGAAAAAACAAGCAAAAUAUUGCAUAAUUUGACACGUUGAAUAACUAUAGAACUGGACAAAUGAUAAGCGGAUAAUUGAUGUAUUACUGUAUGAGGUUUUGCUAGACUAUUAUUCAAAUUCUUUGCAGCCAAAGCACAGGUUACUUCCUACAUAGUUUCUGCAGUCAAUUUGUGGCAAUGAAAACAACUUCUAACACAAUUAUUGCCACCUUUUUUCCGGAGAAUACUUGUCUUAAUGCCAGUGACCUCUUUUAAAAAUCAAACUAUCUAUGCUUAUGUGAACCUCUGAACCUCACUUCAAUGAAAACCUAAGUUUGAAACCAAGGUUUCAAUCUUGGCAUUAAGGUGAAUCUUUAGCUUUUCCUAGGAAUACUAUAAAAUACUCUGUGUGCAGCCAUAGUUUUUUGUUAGGGCUGCAUUGAGUAUGUCGCUUGUCUGAUAGUGAUCUAGGCCAAACUUGGAACUGCUACAAAAAUUCCACAAAUCCCAACAUCUCAGGUGUUUCUUUUCAGAAUUUUUUCCUCUUCCUCAAGUAUCUAUUUUCUUCUGAUAAUAACUUAGAGCUAUCAAAGCUAUGACUGAUUUUGGCUCUCUGGGCUUUCAGAGCUUUGUCUUUUGUAUUUAUGAUUUUCUUAGUCUUAAAAUCUUAGCAAUUUGUCGAGAUAUGAUAAGAUAAGUGUAGUGGGUCGGUGGCACCCAUUUUUUCAACCCAAUUUCUGAAAGAACGUAGCAAAGUAAGCUUCUAGGAAUUUUCCCAGUUUGUUUUCAACCCUAGCAAAUGAAACUUUUUCAUGAUUUUCUUGGUUUUUUCACAAAAUGUCAUGCAUGAGAAUUAUUACAGUCCCGCAAUAAUUCCUUGCCACUGCCUCAUUCACUCUAAGUCGAUUUUAAAAUGAUGGUUGACAAGUAGGUGCAUGAAUUUUAAUAGAAUCGUUUCUUUCUUAGAUUUAAUAUACUGAUAUUUUCUGUCUGAAGAUUUUGGGCUGAAGUGAACUGAAGUCAUCAAGAAACCGAUGUCAUUGUGUUGACGUAGGCUAAACUCUAUAAAUACAUCAAGAUGUCGAUACUGUAGACUUGACAUAUUGAUGGUACUACCUAUUUGUUUUAAGUUUGUCAGCAAGCGCCAUUAAUGAAGUUUUGCGGAGUUGUGAAACAAUUUUCCGAUCCCUGUAUUUUUUUAAGGCAGUACAUGUCAUUAAACAAGUCUAAGAUCAAAACCUUUUCACGGUUUUUAACUGCAUAAUAUUGGUUGAAACUCUCUUUUGAAUUAAUUUUGUUGAGAUGGAUCCUCAGCACUUCAGAGAAUGAUUAAAUAGUCGAUUGAUCAACUGAUAUUUUCUGGACUUAUGGACGUUUUUUCCAAAAUCUCCGAGCACCACAUCUUGCUGCAGUCCGUCACGUAUUAGUAUACAAGGUUUGCUGGAGAAACAUUUCGAAAUAGCGUUAUGAGUCCGUCCUGAUUGAACAUCGCAAAUGGAAAGGCAAAGCGUCAUGCAAACUUCACUCAGGCAGCACCUUCGAAGUUAUUUCAAAGUGUAUCUUAGACAAAACUUGAAUGCAAGUUCCUGAUGGACUACAUCUAGGAUAUGAUACCCAGAAAUUCUGAUGAAUUGUUCUUAAAUCCAGUAAUGAUCAAUCAAUUGAUCGUCUAUCGCAUCAUUCUUUCAAAGUGCUGAAGAUUCGCCUUAAAUAUGAUUGUCUUUAUUGACUCUUUAGUCAAAUCUCCUUAUCAAUGAUAGUAGCGCAAGGCACUGCUACAAAACCAGUUUCUCCUCAUCGUUCUUAUUAGUAAAAAGGAAAAGAUAAACUAUAUUUUUUGGGGCAAAAACUAGAAUCUACCUCUUGAUCUGUUCCCAAUUCAUGGUCAAAGUGAGAAUGCCUUUAAAUUUGCUAAAAAUGGCCAAUCUUUUUUGCUUUCUUUCUAUUAUACUCAUAUCAUGUCCCUCUUUUACAUUGAAUAAUUUUUAAAAAGGGAAUUUUUUUUUGCAGUCGUCACAUUUGAACAUUCAACUAAAGAUAAGCAAUUUUUUGCCUUCCUUAAUAAUAUGAUAUUGCAGUCUUUUUUCUUUCCGGUUUGAGAUUUUUGAAUUGUCACCCAAAGUUCCUUAGUGUUACUCUCUUAGUCAUUUUAUAUUGCAGCUGCAAUCAAUUUUAGCAAAAAUCAAAAUGGCUUGUUGCAUUACUUUGCGCUUUUCUUUCAUCUCGCUUAUUUGGUGUUAGAAUUUAAUUUGAAAUCGAACGUUUAAUUUAAUCUGAUCUUAGAUAAUCGUUGAGGUUCCAUCAGCCUCAUCUUUUCUAAGUGAAUCGGUAUUUAUUUUACAUCACAGUGUCUUUGCCUUAACGGUUUAUUGUUUUUUAGAGAUUGGAUUCAUUCUCGUUUAACUGAUGUUUAUCUUUGUUGUACCUAUUGUAUUAUAAGUUUCUGUAGCCUUGUUCCUAGUUCCUCAACAUCAAGUCAAUCUAUUAUUUCUAAUAAUAAAUUGAUUCAUUAUGAUUAUUGGAAUGUUGAAAACAAUCAAAACAUUUUGAAAAGCAACAGAUUAAAUAUGGAAAGAUACAUUUCAGAAAAUAUUUUUUGAUAAAUUAUCAGUGGUUGUUGAGACAAUUUUGUUCUUGUUUCUAAUGAGUGCUUCAUGGGCUAUGUGACUCUUUGAUUGUUUAUAUACACCUAUCUAGGUAUCUAAAUUGGAAAAGGUAUUAAUGCAAAAUUACCUUAAAGAAAUUUCUUCUUUUUACCAGGGUUCAUCAUCAAAUGUUAUACAAAUAAAUUAUAAGUACAGCUUAACAACAGGGCAUAUAGCCGCUACCCUAGAUAUAAAGAAGAAUUGAGUGGGAAGCAAAUUAAUGGACUACUUAUGUAAUUUUAUCGUUGUGACACAAGUGUUGUCCUCUUCAAAACUUUACGUAAAAUGCGAUUUGUAGUUCCAGUCAUGAAACAUUUGAAUAUGCUGCUCACUUAAAUAAAACUAGAGUCUACUUGAAUCCACUCGUGCACUACAAUAAUUUUGGAAGGUUUCUCAUUUAACAGUGCUCCUCCCACACCUUGUUUCGUUCUAAGUGUUAAAAACGUUUAGCAGCUGAGCCAAAGAGUCAAGAGUCUAUCUAUGUAUGUAGGUAUGAAUGUAUAAGGAACACUCCUAUACAUGGAAAUUCAAAUUUUUCAUAAUUAAUGCAAAAUACAAACCUUAAUAGCUUGGUUAGGAGGUAAUGCCAGUAAGUUCCAUUCCACAGAUCGUGUUUUACUAAAAAUUUUGCAAAGGAAGUAUAGAUCAGAAUGCUUCAAUUCGUAUUGUGUCUAUUAGUCCAUUGAAUAAGGCUUCAAGAGGUUGUUUGACUAGUAAAUCAUGUAGGAAAAAAAAGUAUUGAACAGUAUUUGUAAUCUUGUGCUUACUUUUUCUCACAUGAACCUAUUUGGUGGGAAUAUACGGAACUAACUGUGGUCUCAUGUUUUGUAAUUAUUGUAAGGGCUUAAUGCAGUUUUUACCUGCAGGGGUCGACAUAAUCUCAUUAACGUUACUUUGUACAUAUGUAUUAUUCCGUCACUGAAUAUUUUGUUCGUGAAAACCUGCAUUGAACAGAUAUCAAACUCAUUAACUAAGAAAGUCUAAACUAAAUCUAAUCCCUCUAACGAGAAGACUGUAAUAAUUGUUUAUUGUAAAAGGUUGAUGCAGCUUGUUAAGAAUCGUAACUUUCAAAUGAACUCAACAGCUGUGGUUUUUCAUGUAUCUAUAUCAACGGAUGCUCAUUUUAUCGCAUUUCAACUCAAAUUUCAUCCGCAUUGUAUCCUGAGCACAAUAUUUUGUCUGUUCAGUUCAGGUUUUUUCUAUGUUCCUUCUUCCUUCUCUAGUUUUUGAGUUUUUUGUUUGUUAUUUAUUUCUAUUUUUUUCCCAUUUUUGCUUUUUUGAUCAAAACACUGCACUCUCAAUUAUCUUUCCUUGCAUAGAGCACUCAAAAGGGAAGUAUCAAUUAUGAUUAUUCAAUACUCUUUUUUGAUUAAUUUUUAAUCAGCUAGAGUAAAACGUACAGAUUUUUUUUCUUAUCUUUUUUUUAAAACAAUCAAAUUUUCAUUGAAUUAGUGUCACAGUGAUAGCUUCUGAUUCUUCUUUUAUAAAUAAGUAAUUUCCGUAAAUUCAAGAAGAAUAAUUCUGGCCAGUUGUCCCACGAAGUAGCGUAUCUGACUCCAAUAAGGAUCUCCUAUCAGUAGGUUUUGGGUUUAAAUCCUAGCGGUGCCACCAAUAUUCAAGGAACUAAAAAGUGAGUCUGUUUAAUUAGAUUCCUUUCGGCCCCAAUCCCGGAAAGUUUGAAACGUCUAUGUGUCCAUACUGUUGGUCUUCUCUAUAUUCUCUAAUGACUGUAUGUCCCUGAUAGGAUAUGAUUUACACCAAAAUAAAUAAAGAAAAGAAAGGAGUCGUAUUGCCUCAUUUUAUAAUUCAAGUAAAACUCAUGAUCUACAUUUAAAUGGCCAAUGCUGCAGCAAAUGUGCUUAUUCUACCAAUCAAGUGACACCCAUCUUAAAAAAAGGCCCUUGUUACAGCAAAUUGUCUCAUUAUUGUAUUUAAGUGAAAAUUUUCACAAAGGCGGAAAUGGCCAAUGCAGGAGCUGUCUGUCUAAUUUUAAAAUUCAAAUGAAACUUAUCAAGGCGUAAAUGUCCAAUGUAGGUGCAAAGUGGAUCACUCUUUAAUUCAAGUGAAACCCAUUUGAAUGAUUCUUUACUUCAAGUGAAACUCAUUCGGAUUAUUCUUUACUUCAAGUGAAAUUCAUUCGGAUAAUUCUUUAAUUCAAGUGAAACUCAUUCGCAGAAUUCUUUAGUUCAAGUGAAACUCAUUGGCAGAAUUCUUUAGUUCAAGUGAAACUCAUUUGGAUUAUUCUUUACUUCAAGUGAAAUUCAUUCGGAUAAUUCUUUAAUUCAAGUGAAACUCAUUGGCAAAAUUCUUUAGUUCAAGUGAAACUCAUUGAGAUGAUUCUUCAAUUACAGUGAAACUCAUCACAAAAGUAAAAAUGGCCAGUGCAUUGGCAAAGUGACUUAUUCUAUAAUUCAAGUAAAACUCAUAAUUAGGAAACUAUUUUUGAUCAACCUGCUUCAGGUCAGUCACCUUCUUUGACCAAAAAAAAAAAAAAAAAUAAUAAUAAUUUUUUUGCUGUAACAAUUAUUCAGUACCCUUUGCUGACACAUUUUUAUCCUGAGACAAGAAUUCUCUGUGAUAAUGCCGGUCUGUUUGUCAAUUUCUAUAAUUGUGUUAAAUAUCAGAAAUUACUGUUACGAUUGUUAUUCAACUUGCAGUCUAUUUACUAUUUGUUUUUACUGCAUGUGCAGCAUGUUUACAUCCUAGUAUUAUUAUGAAUUUCCCGCUAAAACGUGUAUUGAUUUUCUCAGCCAUUAUUGCUGUGGUUUUUUUCUACCCCAAAAAAUUAAAUGUAGUAUUUUCUUGUGGAUUCGAUAACCAAUGACCAGUAUAUUUAUGAACACCAAAUAAAACACAUGGCUCUAUGUUUUCAUACUUGAAGGUCAAUUCCGGCGUGUGAGAAGAAUAAUUUCGGCAGUCCGACCGGUUUCUGCUUUAGUCUCAAUAAAAAUUUGUGAUGUCUACUCUACAAUAGACCACUAGACAAAGUACGAAGUUAAGCAGUCUGAUACAUGUUUCUCAACCAAAAUUUAACGUAAAACACGAUUCGUACAGUGAAAAUUACUGAAAUUGACUCCUAACCAAGAUAAAUCGCACACUAAAAAUUACCAUGACACUCUCUGCGAUAUGAAAAUCUGGCAACCUCAAUAUUGACGCUUUGGCUCAGCUACAUCAAAUUGUUUACUCCUUGAACAAUGGAGGGUGGGGAAUGAACAAUGUUUGAUCGAGAAGCCUACCAAAACCGUUGUAGUUUGUGAUUUGACGCAUGUAGAGUAUUGAGUUUCUUGUGACCGGGCAAUUCAAAAGUCCUGUAACCAAUGUAAAAUGAAAACGUUAAUAUCUUAGUUAGGAGUUGAUUUCAGUAAUUUUUGAUGCAAGAAUCGUGUUUUAAGUGAAAUUCUAGUUGAGAAAUAAGCAUCAGAAUGCUUAAAUUCGUACCUUGUCUAGUGGUCCAUUACUCUACCAAAACACCGCAUCAGUAUAGUCAAACAAGAAGAGGCAAAAUAAAAAAAAUUGUGAAUCUA